CCGCCUCGUAUGACGUCACAAUUCACCGGAUGGAUUUUUUUUCACGAGGACAAAACAGAAUCAAAUCAUGGAAUGGCGUCGCUUUGUUCAUGUUAACAAUGUUAGCGAGGCGAUGAAGAGGUGAUAAAUGGACGAAUUGUUCUUCAAGUCGGCCCUACCGACGCUCGCCCACCACCGGCUGGACACCGACACCACCUUGGCCUUGCCAGCCGAGCCGAGCGCUUGGUCCUCGGCUUGUCCUCCGUCCAGUGACCGCAGCCUGCGGGUCCAGCAGCAAGUUCAGCUCACCCUGUCACGGAAGUCGAGGAGAAAUGUUUCCAAUGGCGGCGUUCACUUACAGAGAAGCUUUGCCAAGAGUUUUGACACUGCGGAUGGAUUGAGACCUCACGCUGUGGUAAAUGGCUUCGGUUGCUCUCUGUCAACCAGCGAGUGUGUGCGGAGGCCGUCCAGAAGAGUCGAAAUGUCCCCUCCUAGGACGCCCGACAAGGCCCAGCACCAUUUCAAUUUCCGCCAUUUGAGCACGUCCACCCUGCCCGUCCGUAGUCUAUCCCACAGGAACUGCUCUCAACUCGGCCGCUCGCCGGCCUCGCGUCAGCGCUACGCGCUCUCCGAGGCCCCGCGAUGGGCGGCCAUCAACCCCUCCUCGCCCGCCAACGGGAGCUUCCGCAUUUGGUCGGACGCGUCAUUUCGCCAGGGCGGGUUUGAGUCUAGCUGGAACGAGUCGGCUUUCCAGCAGAACGAGGGGAUGGCGGUCACCCCCCACUUACGUGAUGGGUUACCGUGGAUGUCGAAAAGUCAAAGGCUUCUCAGACUGAACACGUACCCGCCCUCGGGGAACAGCAUGGAGGUGGAUAUGGUGGGACGAGCGGGGGUGGAGCUUCAGCAAGUCCAAGCAAACAAUCUCUCACCUCUAAGGUCCGAGAAGCCCCCGGAGAUGACGCUAGAGAAGGCCGUCAGUCAGCUUACUCAGCAGAACGAAGACGCGCUGAUCAGCGCCGCCGCUCACAUCCAAUCGCAGUGUUUCAAAAGCGCAGACGCCAGGAAGAUGGUAUAUUUCAUGCGUGGCAUCAAAAAACUGCUGCAGCUGCUUCACAAUGACGAGGAGGAGGUGCAGCGGGCCGCCGCCGCCGCCCUGCGCAACGUGGUGUACCAGAACAGCGACAACAAGAUGGAGGUGAAGGACCACGCCGGCAUAGCCACCAUUUUGCGGGUGCUGAAGAACAGCCGCGAUACAGAAACCAGAAGACAACUUGCCGGCCUCCUGUGGAACCUGUCCUCUCACGACCUCCUGAAGGAAAACCUCUCUCGAGAGGUUUUGCCGGUUCUUACGCAGGCCGUCCUGGUGCCGAGCUCGGGCAUUUCCGAAGGGGAGAACCCUAAAGAUGAGCUGCUCGCGGACGAUGAGGUUUUCCACAAUGCUACCGGCUGCCUCAGAAACCUGAGCUCCUCCGGUCCAGAUGGAAGGAAAGCCAUGAGGGAGUGCGAGAACCUCAUCGACUCUCUCGUCUACUACAUCCGACGGACCGUGUCGGACUACAAGGCCGAUGACAAGUCCACAGAGAACUGCGUGUGCAUCUUACACAACUUGUCCUAUCAAAUCGAGUCCGAGUUGCCCGACAAGUACGCCACCCAGCUAUUGCACACGCAAGAAGACGCGGUGCCCAAGCCCAAAGCGGUCGGAUGUUUUGCACAACGCAGCGCUAAAAUCAAAGAACAGCAGCAGCAGCAUCAUUGCACGCUGUUGGAGGAGAAGGCCAACCCCCGCGGCAUGGAAUGGCUGUGGAGCUCCAUCAUCAUCCGCAUGUACCUGUCGCUCAUCGCCCGCAGCGGGCGCCACCACACACAGGAGGCGGCCAUCGGAGCUCUGCAGAACAUCACGGCCGGCAAUGGACAGGUGACUAAAGCUAUUGCCUACACAAUCGUCCACAAAGAGAACGGCCUCCAGCACGUGAGGAAAAUGUUGCAGGAGGGCGAGCGUGACGUGAAGAGGACAGCCGUGUCGCUCAUCAGAAAUCUGUCUCGCUUCUCUGAGCUGCACCCUGAUAUUGUUACGCAGGUGUUGCCAGAGGUGGUGGAGCUCCUGCCCAAUAAUGACACGGGAAGAGACCUGCCCUCGGACGUGACGGCGUCUCUGUGCUACAUUCUCAUUAACCUGAGCCAGAGCGGCGCGCACAACAUCCGAGCCAUGUUGAGCCAGGACGCCCUCCCAAAGAUCUGCAACAUCAGCAAAAAAGACAACGGUUACGGUCCAAGUCGAGCAGGUGUCGCUGCAUGUCUCCUACUACACUCCAUGUGGAAGCACAGUGACCUUCAUGCCACCUACAAGAUGUAUGGCUUCAGGAAAUCUGAUUUCAUCAAUGCAAGGACCACAAAGGCUGUAAACUCCAUCUUGAACUAAAGCAAAUGUCGUUUUUAUGGAACCUCUGGACGCUUAUUCUAUGUCCAUAACUGAACUUCACAGAAGUGAAUUUACAUUUUUUUCAGUAGUUGGACAUUAGUAGUUUUUUUUUUUUUUAAUAUCCUUUCUUAUUACAUAGCACUUCAUAAAACAUGACUGGCACUUUUUUUUUUUUUUUUUAA